CGACGGAAAAUCACGAUCCAGUUUGUUGAAGACAAAAGCAAACGGCACAUCACGUUCUCAAAACGAAAGACAGGAAUCAUCAAGAAGGCAAAUGAGCUGAGCAUGCUGACGGGGGCACAAGUUUUGCUUGUCGUUACCUCAGAGACGGGAAACAUCUACGAUUUCUCAACACCGAAGUUCCGUGCCGUAGUG